AUGAAGGCCGCAGCGGAGUCGGCGCGUCGUGAUCGCGUUGGCACGCAAGGCGCCUGGAAACGAGGUCGAUUGGAUCCGAGCGGGUGGCGGGCGGGUGAAUGUUCGGUCUGGUAUGGUAUGGAUGAAUGUUGUAUCUGGCUCCACUCGAUCUAUGAGAGAGACCCGGCGAUGCACUCCCUCCCCAGACCAACUGCUCUCACAGGUCACGAUUGCAUCGCUCAGUUCCAGCGGACCCGGUCUUUUCUUCGUUCGGCGAUAUUACUUUCUUCAUCAGUGUCUACAUCGACUAUCGUGAAUACCAUCGAUUAUUGCUGCAAGACCCAUCACAUCCACCCCCGCGUAUCCCUGCGACGCGUCGAGGCCAUUCCCGUGGCGGGUACCGGGUACUCAACCCCCCACGGCCCCAGUAUGCACCCACCGCGUACCCGGUACUUCGCCGCGACACGUCUCGCGCUCACCACGCCCUUACCGUACGAUAGUCAUGCAUGCUGGCUCGUCCGAUGCACCCCCUCCUCGAAUGAAACUCUCCUCGGCCAACGCAUCGGGGUCCAUUGGCCCCCAGAUGUUCUCACCGGGGCGGACGUUCACUUCACGAGGUCGCCGCGAUGA